UGCUUCUUUAAUCUUACCGCAGAAAAACCAUCUUCUCUCUGUUUUUCUCUCUGGCGUCUAUUUCAAGUCAAGGCUCCUUCUGCUCCUUUCUUCGAAUUUUCGGGUUUUCUUAAUACUGAAAGAAGAUCCAACGUUAGGAGAACAAAUACCGAGGUGGAAGUAAUCCGAUCUUUCGAUUUCUGUUUUUGUUGCUGAGAAAUAAGAACAAGCAAAGAUGACGACCAUGGAGAGCUUGAUAGGUUUGGUAAAUAGGAUACAAAGGGCUUGCACCGUGCUUGGAGACUAUGGAGGUGGAGAUAAUUCUUUUUCUUCUCUAUGGGAAGCUCUUCCUUCUGUUGCAGUUGUUGGUGGCCAGAGUUCAGGAAAAUCUUCCGUGUUGGAGAGCAUAGUUGGCCGAGACUUCCUUCCUAGAGGAUCUGGGAUUGUGACAAGACGACCGUUGGUGUUGCAGCUCCACAAGACAGAGCAAGGAGCUCAGGAGUAUGCCGAAUUUCUUCACUUGCCCAGGAGGAGAUUCACUGAUUUUGCCGUGGUUCGCAAGGAAAUUCAAGAUGAGACUGAUAGGAUAACUGGGAAGACAAAACAGAUAUCCCCAGUUCCUAUUCACCUCAGUAUCUAUUCUCCAAAUGUUGUGAAUUUGACACUGAUUGAUUUACCUGGACUGACCAAAGUUGCUGUUGAGGGGCAGCCAGAAAGCAUUGUUGAAGACAUUGAAUCUAUGGUUCGAUCAUAUGUAGAGAAGCCUAAUUGUAUCAUACUGGCAAUAUCUCCGGCCAAUCAAGAUAUAGCAACAUCAGAUGCUAUCAAGAUUGCUAAGGAAGUGGAUCCAUCAGGUGAACGAACAUUUGGAGUGUUGACCAAGCUGGAUCUGAUGGACAAAGGAACCAAUGCAUUGGAUGUUCUUGAAGGAAGAUCUUACAGGUUGCAACAUCCUUGGGUGGGAAUUGUGAACCGCUCACAAGCUGACAUAAACAAGAACGUUGACAUGAUUGUUGCUAGACGCAAGGAGCGUGAGUAUUUUGCAACUAGUCCUGAUUAUGGACAUUUAGCUAAUAAAAUGGGUUCAGAGUAUCUAGCAAAGCUUCUAUCCAAGCAUUUGGAAUCUGUUAUUAGGGCCCGGAUACCAAGCAUCACGUCCUUAAUUAAUAAAAGCAUUGAUGAACUUGAAUCAGAGAUGGACCAUCUUGGUAGACCUAUUGCUGUUGAUGCUGGGGCUCAAUUAUACACAAUUUUGGAGCUUUGCCGUGCAUUUGAUAAAAUAUUCAAGGAACAUCUGGAUGGAGGGCGACCUGGAGGUGAUCGUAUCUAUGGGGUCUUCGACAACCAGCUCCCUGCUGCUUUGAAGAAGCUUCCGUUUGAUCGGCAUCUUUCCUUACAAAAUGUAAAGAGAAUUGUGUCUGAGGCAGAUGGUUAUCAGCCUCACUUGAUUGCUCCAGAGCAAGGUUAUCGACGACUAAUUGAGGGGGCACUGAACUAUUUCAGAGGCCCAUCUGAAGCUUCUGUGGAUGCUGUGCACUUUGUCCUGAAAGAGCUUGUAAGGAAGUCAAUUGGAGAAACUCAGGAGCUAAAGCGCUUUCCAACACUGCAAGCUGAAAUAGCAGCUGCUGCUAAUGAGGCCUUGGAGAAGUUCCGUGAGGAAAGUAAGAAAACAGUUCUCCGGUUGGUUGAUAUGGAAUCUUCAUAUUUAACUGUAGAUUUCUUCCGGAGACUUCCACAGGAAGUGGAGAAAGCAGGAAAUCCUACUGGACCAGCCACAGAUCGAUAUGCGGAGGGCCACUUCAGGAGGAUAGGAUCCAAUGUGUCCUCCUAUGUGGGUAUGGUUUCGGACACACUAAGAAACACUAUUCCGAAGGCUGUCGUUUAUUGUCAAGUUAGGGAGGCCAAACAAUCUCUAUUAAAUCACUUCUAUACACAAAUAGGGAAGAAAGAGGGUAAGCAGCUUGGACAGUUGUUAGAUGAAGACCCAGCGCUGAUGGAAAGGAGACAACAGUGUGCCAAGAGGCUUGAAUUAUACAAGGCUGCCAGAGAUGAAAUUGAUUCGGUAUCAUGGGCCAGAUGAAACGAUUCCGCGUAGUUAUUGAGGCAGAGGUUCUAGAACAUCUUAUUCAUUUUGUCCUGUAUGGGACAAGUCCAGAUUCUUUUUCCGUAUGUAUUUGUUGCUGUGUAAUUUCUGAUUGUAGUUUUCCAUUCUUGGAUGUUAGUUUUAUGUUUGACAUCUGCGUAUAUAUUAUCUGAGAGAGAUCACUUUUGCACGGUUAAUAUAAUGGGGUUGACCCAGUUUGUGCUGUUUCGUCUAAAA